CUUUUUCUAUUAUAGUAUUCCCUUGGCAUUAUCAUCAGAACAGCUAGUUCAAGUCUGCGCGACAAGGUGCAACGAAUCUUGGCCUCUGUCUCUAGUCUUUCUUCCUAUCUUCUGGUUUCUUCAUAUCUCACUUCAAUCUGCUUCUUCUGAAUCGAUAGUCAGGGGCCAGGGCCUGCGGGCAAGCUAUUUUCAGCGGCAGAACCCCUAGGACACCAUGGCGACCCUCAGUGACCGCCUGAACAUUAACAGUCAGAUUGAGCACUUGCAAGCCAAGUACGUGGGCACUGGUCACGCCGACCUGACCAAGUUCGAGUGGGCCCUCAACAUCCACCGCGAUAGCUACGCUUCCUACGUUGGCCACCACAACAUGGUGUCGUACUUCGGCGCUGUGGAGAAUGAGUCAAUCGGGCGCGUGAAGUAUGAGUUUCUGCAGCGCAUGCUGCUGCCCUGCGGCCUGCCCCCUAAGGCUCAGGACCAGAGCGAGGACGAGGAGGAGAAGUGAGCGGAGCUGGAGCAUGCGCAGCUGGCGUGGGGUCAGCGGAAGGAGGUGUGGCAGGCUGCAGAGUCUGCCCGGGUCGCAGGGGCCUGCGGGGAAGGCUGGGGUUUCUGCAUCCGAGGCACACGGUUAGGGCUGAAUGCGGGCGGUCUAGCACAUGCCGCUUGUGCCGAGAGAGGGGGCAGGCGUGCCCCCACCGGCUGUAAUAUAGUCCGCCGGCUGUAAUGUAGUUAAUGGUGUUGCAGUGGCAGGCAUGGAUCAUGGGCGUGCCGGCAGCGUGCAGGCAGCGCACGCUAGCUAGCGGCAUGACAAGCGGAGGCGCGGAGGUGUCGUAGCACUGAACGGAGCAGCUGUUGAAGCAAGGCGCUCUUUGCACGGACUGCCAAACCUUAUGCGAAGUUGUAAGCGAACUGGUGG